CAGCUCUGUGCUCCUGCAGCUGGCGGCUGAUUCCUGCUCCUGAGGCGUACAGGAAGCGGAUGGGGCUGGGGUGGGUGGGCUCCAGACAAGCCCAGACUGCUGCAGACCCUCGGUUCUGGUGAUGACACUCUGAGCCUCUGUGCAUCUUAGCACUCACAUUUAUGGACCUGGCCUGAACUGCAGAGCCUGCCUAUGGGGGAAGGGGACGCCAUCUGGGUUCCAUCCGUCCUUCCUCACAGCACCCUCGGCACCUUAAACCACCACCCUCAGCUGCAUUUUGGGAGAAAGAUGGAGUCGAAGGUCUCAGAAGGUGGCCUGAAUGUCACCCUUACCAUCCGUCUGUUGAUGCAUGGAAAGGAAGUUGGAAGCAUCAUUGGGAAGAAAGGGGAGACAGUGAAGAAGAUGCGUGAGGAGAGUGGAGCCAGGAUCAACAUCUCAGAGGGAAACUGCCCAGAGAGAAUUGUGACUAUCACAGGGCCAACGGAUGCCAUCUUCAAGGCUUUCGCCAUGAUCGCAUACAAGUUUGAGGAGGACAUCAUUAACUCCAUGAGCAACAGCCCUGCCACUAGCAAGCCCCCGGUGACGCUGAGGCUGGUGGUCCCCGCCAGCCAGUGCGGGUCCCUGAUCGGCAAAGGCGGCUCCAAGAUCAAGGAGAUCAGGGAGUCCACAGGUGCCCAGGUCCAGGUAGCUGGGGACAUGCUGCCCAACUCCACAGAGCGGGCAGUGACCAUCUCAGGGACGCCGGACGCCAUCAUCCAGUGCGUCAAGCAGAUCUGUGUGGUCAUGCUGGAGUCCCCACCGAAAGGUGCCACCAUUCCCUACCGCCCAAAGCCCGCCUCCACCCCUGUCAUUUUUGCAGGUGGUCAGGCCUACACGAUCCAGGGACAGUACGCCAUCCCUCACCCGGAUGAAUGUUUAAAACUUCACGAAGGAGCUCAGAGACAGUGCCCAAGCCCUGACUGGGGGCAGCCUUCCUGCUAACCUAACCCUACCCCUUUGGUGUGCCCAGGUCUGGAUGCCAGCUCCCCGGCCAGCACUCAUGAGCUCACCAUUCCCAAUGAUCUAAUAGGCUGCAUAAUUGGGCGUCAAGGAACCAAAAUCAACGAAAUUCGACAGAUGUCUGGCGCUCAGAUCAAGAUUGCCAACGCCACUGAGGGGUCGUCGGAGCGCCAGAUCACCAUCACCGGCACCCCGGCUAACAUCAGCCUCGCCCAGUAUCUCAUCAACGCCAGGCUUACGUCUGAGGUCACGGGGAUGGGCGGGCUCUAACCCUGCCGGCUCGCCGGUUCAUGCUGCUUGACGCCGGCCCUCUGCGCAGAGCUGAGUGAGCGUUCUCUUUACCGACAGAGGCGACCCCUGCACAGCCACGCUGCGGCGUGGCGCCGCGCUCGGUGUUAGUUUAGCUGUUUCCGUGUGUGGGCAUGCUCUUUACUUUAGUGCUCCUAUGUUCCCACCGUGACGUUUUAGAAGUUCGUUCCUCAGCGUCCGCGUGACAGUUUUGAGUUGGUUUGAUGCUUACCUGCCCCUUGUGCUCUGAGACCCUCCUCUCUCACACAUCCUGACUCAGUUUCCCCUAGAACCUGUGGUCUUGGCUCCUGUUUCCACCCCUGGUCACACGCUGAAAUCAGGGUUGUUGUUUUUUGGUUGUUGUUUUCCCCCGAAGCCCGUGGAGAGGGCCCUGAGCGUCGGGGCAGCAGGGUGGGGUGGGCGUGCCC